AUGUCGAUGAAAGCCAAAGAAGUGAUGGAAGGAAUUGGAAGGGUAUUCAGGUUCAAGAAAGGGACAAUUGAACCUCCAGAAAGCUACCUGGGAGCUAGGUUACGAAAGAAGACUUUGGAUGGACACAACAUGUGGAUGAUGUCAAGUUAUGACUACGUCGUGGCAGCAGUCAAAAACGUCAAGGAAACAUUAAAGGACAGCCCAAAAUGGAAAAUGCCCAAGAAUGCACCAACGCCAAUGUUUAGUGCCUAUGAACUUGAGAUGGAUGGAUCAACCAGAUGA